GGGAGAAACUGACCAAUCAGAUGAGUGGUGUUGGCUGGACACUCAUAACAUAUUUGCUAUGUAAGAUUCUGUGCUGGAGUUUCAUGUUUCAUUCAGGUAAUUGUCCUUGAAAUUAUGACAGCCUGUGUUGCAUCAGUUAGUUUAGUAAAUGCUGCACCAUUGGUAGGGGUGGAACGGGAUAACAGCCAGAAUAUGACUGUGUCUAAUUUCUCCCAGUGUCUGUAUCUGAUUUAAGCCGCAUGCUUCUGCAGGCUUCUAUGAAGGCUGUGAAAAAAAAGUUUCACUACAGAGUUGGAUUACAGCUCUCUCUGGCUCAAAACAUUGGCUGUAACACUGCCAUCUGAAAAGGCAGCUGCAACAUGGAGCACCAAAACCUCAGCAGAUCUGAACAUUUCCGGAACCACAAAUAAAUACUGAGUUUCUGUUGUGUACGGGUGGGAGAUAGAUUGAGUUUAUCAUCUGGAACCUUUUUGUGCUUCUGGGAAUACAGAUUUUUUUUGUGUUUUUUUUUAAACUUUUUUUCAUCUUAAAAAUAUCAACGGAAAAUAAAAUACCAUCAUUUCAGUUAAUUCUGCUUUUUAAAAAAAUCACUGUGCCAUUGUUGUUUACUGUCCAAUAUUAUCAGCAAAGCAGAGGAAAAUCCUGGAUAUGCGCUUGAUGUUUCUUUCAUAAACAGUUCUUAGAGAAAUGCAUUUUCAAAACGGAUUUCUUCUUCAGCUGUAUAUCAACUGUGUAGCAAAGUUUGGAUUUUAAAAACAAGGAUGUACAAGCUGUGGACAGCUGUGAACGUGUUCAUAGUGUCCUUUCUGCAUCUGCUGCAAGGUUCUGAGUAUGGUUCUGUAAAGAGAGCAUCACUGUCUGCACUGGAAUGGUCAGAGCAGCAGAUCAGGAAAGCCGCCAGUCUGGAAGAACUCCUUCGAAUUACCCACUCUGAGGACUGGAAGCUGUGGAAAUGCCGUCUAAAACUCAAGAGUGUGGCCACCAUGGACUCCAGAUCUGCAUCCCAUCGCUCCACGAGAUUCGCUGCAGCUUUUUAUGAUAUAGAGAUACUCAAAGUUAUAGAUGAGGAGUGGCAGAGAACUCAGUGUAUGCCAAGGGAGACCUGUGUAGAAGUUGCAAAGGAGCUGGGCACCACCACCAACAAAUUCUUCAAGCCUCCUUGUGUGAAUGUCUUCAGAUGUGGAGGCUGCUGCAAUGAAGAGAGCCUGAGCUGUAUGAACACAAGUACAACUUAUGUUUCCAAAAUGCUCUUUGAAAUUUCAGUACCUUUAACAAAUGUGCCAGACCCAAUUGAAGUCAAAGUUGCGAACCACACAGGUUGUAAGUGUAUAUCAAAUGUUCAGCACCAACCAUAUUCCAUCAUAAGAAGAUCUGUCCCAUAUUCAGAUACGGAUCGUUGUUCUCAUUUAAAAAAACUAUGUCACAAUGGGUGGAUAUGGGACAUCAAUAAAUGUGAAUGUGUUGAAAAUGAGGAUCAUCCUCGUAGAAGAGAAGGACUUCCUCCACUUGCUGAACUUGCUAUGUGUGCACCAAAUAUGGACUUUGAUGAAGAGAACUGUGAGUGCAUCUGUAAAUGGAAGUGCACUGGCAAUUUAUUUCAGAACAAAGAGAAUUGCAGCUGCUACUUGUGCACAGAGAACCAGGAUAGCUGCUUUCAGAAACACAAGACAUUUAAUGCAGAAACUUGCAGUUGUGAAGACAAAUGCCCAUUCCAGGCCAGAACGUGCCCAACUGCUAGGCCAGCAUGUUCAAGGCACUGUCGCUGUCUCAGGGGAGGAAGAGCCCUUCAUGGGUCCCAAAGUAAAGAAAACCCUUGACUGAGCUUUUGUUACCCUUGCACAAAACGAGCACUCUCUGCUUUGCAAAGUAGGUGCCUUCUGCCACAAGCUAUUCAUCUAUAAUAAUUGUAAGAUAUGAGUGACAUUGCUAGUAAAAAAAUCAAAUUGGUAUUCAUUAUGAAGAGGAUGAGUGGGUGUGCAAGGACAUUACCAUCUGGCUUCAAUGUCUGCUGCAACAGAUUAUCCUUGUUAUGCGGAGGGUAACUAAAAGGACCUACGUCCAUUAUGGCUGUCGGGGAAGAAACUGGUAUGCUUGUUGCAGUAGGACAGUCAUCAUCCAGCAUUUUGGAAAUGCAGAAGGAAAUGGUUCUACAUCAUCAACUCAUAGAUGUUAUUGAACAUAUUUCUUUAGAGCAGGGGUCCCUAACCUUUUUGAGACUAUGGGCAUCUUUGGAAUUUGGAGUGCGAUGACAAAACGGCUGCCACAAGAGGCUGAGCCAACCACCAAAUAUCAGGGAAUUAGGGUAUGUGCAACUCUUCAUAGUAACUCUUCAGCAUUUCAGACAGAAAUGUUUAACAGGAUGCUUUUUGACGUGAACAUGUUUAAAAUUAUUUUCUUGAAUACACACAGUUUAUCUUCAGUCAGACACUGAAGAUCCUUGCUGCUGUAGUGGCAGCUGCUGCUGAAGCAAUGUUUUCUAAAAGUCUGCAUAGCCAAUCAGAAGCCCUGCUGGGCAAAAGGCCUGCCCACUUUUGGCAGGCCCCAGGAAAGGUGAUGAUGGGAACCACAGUGCCCUCAGGCAUCCUGCUGGAGAUGCCUGCUUUAGAGCAAACUUCCAUCAUUUGUAUUCAUAAUAUGUUCAGCACUGAAUUAGUUGAUCUACUGUCCAUUUUAUUAUUUAGAUUUAUUUUAGAACUACUGUCUGAUACUGUUCUAUAUUUAAAAUGUAUAUAGGAAAAUAAAUGCAUUGGUUAUUAAAAA